CAAGGCAUGUAAACAGACAACAAAAAAACGAGGCAGAAAAAUAGCUGUGUUCGAGUGGGCUGAUAACCUCUCUGACCCACCAGUGACGGUGUGAAGCGGUGUGGGCAGUGCGAAUAUUACAUCGCUAUCGCAGUCCCCAAAUAAAUACGUCACAGCCGCUGAUAAGGCGCCAUCCAGACAUCCGCGGGUCCUCUACCGGUUCGUUCAAAAUGUUAAAAUUAGUUUCCAGUCGGCUCUUCGAUCGGUUGGUUCUUCAGUCUGUUCGGUGCAGUUGCGAGAAAAGCAUAGACAUGGCCAAGGAUAAUCUGACAGCGGUGUUGCACGGCAUCGAGGACAUGCGAUUGGAGCAACGUCCUAUUCCUCAAAUUGCUGAUGAUGAGGUUCUCAUUGCCAUGGACAGUGUGGGUAUUUGCGGCUCGGAUGUACACUAUCUGGCCCACGGACGCAUCGGUGACUUUAUUCUCACCAAGCCCAUGGUAAUCGGCCACGAAUCCUCCGGCGUGGUGACCAAACUGGGAAAGAAAGUGACCAAUGUGAAGGUCGGCGAUCGUGUGGCCAUCGAACCGGGAGUUCCGUGCCGCUACUGUGAUCACUGCAAGCAGGGCAAGUACAACCUGUGUCCCGGCAUGGUCUUCUGUGCCACACCCCCCUACGAUGGAAAUCUCACCCGGUUCUACAAGCACCCCGCUGACUUUUGCUUCAAGCUGCCCGACCACGUCUCCAUGGAGGAGGGAGCUCUCCUGGAGCCUCUGUCCGUGGGCGUCCACGCCUGCCGGCGAGCUGAGGUGACCCUGGGCUCCAAGGUGAUCAUCCUGGGAGCAGGUCCCAUUGGUCUUGUCACCCUUCUGGCUGCUCAAGCCAUGGGCGCCUCGGAGAUCCUUAUCACGGAUCUGCUGCAGCAACGCCUCGAUGUGGCCAAGGAGCUGGGCGCCACCCACACGCUCCUGCUGAAAAAGGAUCAAUCCGCCGAGGAGACUGCGAAACUGGUCCGCGAAACAAUGUGUGGUGAGCCGGACAAGGCGAUCGAUUGCUGUGGAGCCGAGAGCAGUGCCCGUUUGGCAAUUUUUGCAACCCGCUCUGGAGGCGUGGUGGUGAUUGUGGGCAUGGGAGCUCCGGAAGUGAAGCUGCCAAUUAUCAACGCCCUGGCUCGUGAAGUGGACAUUCGAGGAGUUUUCCGUUACUGUAAUGACUAUGCUAGUGCCCUGGCUUUGGUGUCCUCCGGAAAAGUGAACGUAAAGCGACUGGUGACCCAUCACUUUGACAUCAAGGACACGGACAAGGCCUUUGAAACAGCUCGGAAGGGACUGGGAGGCGCCAUCAAAGUGAUGAUCCAUGUGCAGCCGAGGGAUGCCAACAAUCCACGCAAAUUCUAGAUCAUAUUAGCCUAGAAGCUUAGCUUAGAAACCCCAGUAAACUGUUUCGUCUCAAUCAAGCGACACUUGUCCUGGCCCGUAUACUAAAUCUAACCUUUCGACACAUAGUAUUUCUGAAAUAAACCGAAAUUUGUUGAGUUCCCAAUA